GCCACGCCCUCUGGCAGCGUGGGUUUGGUUGCGCGGCCGGCGGGGAAGGAGACGCUGCCCUUCCGCGCGGAGCGAUGGGCUCGCGGCCCUGUGGAGGGACCCUCUGGUAUGCGUGUCCCUGUCCUGCUGAGGUGUGGAUGGUGCCCAGGACCUGGCUAGCCACCAGCUGAAGACGUCCUACUUGGGAGCCCCUGGUCCCGCAGGCUCUGGCCCGGGUGCCCACCCUGCCAUGGCGUUCCGGCGGACCGAGGGCAUGUCCAUGAUCCAGGCGCUGGCCAUGACUGUGGCCGAGAUCCCCGUGUUCUUGUAUACCACCUUCGGGCAGUCUGCAUUCUCACAGCUUCGUCUGACGCCAGGCCUGCGCAAAGUCCUCUUUGCCACCGCCCUGGGGACCGUGGCCUUGGCCCUGGCUGCCCACCAGCUGAAGAGGCGCCGGCGGAGGAAGAAGCAGGUGGGGCCUGAGGUGGGCAGCGAGCAGCUGGGCACGGUGCCUCUGCCCUUCCUCAUGGCCCGGAAGGUGCCCUCGGUGAAGAAAGGCUACUCCAGCCGGAGGGUGCAGAGCCCCAGCAGCAAGAGCAAUGACACCCUCAGCGGCAUCUCCUCCAUUGAACCCAGCAAGCACUCGGGUUCCUCUCACAGCCUGACCUCGAUGAUGGCGGUGAACUCAUCCAGCCCCACGGCCGCGUGCUCCGGACAGUGGGAAGCCCGUGGGAUGGAGGAGUCCGUGCCCGCCACCGAAGGGAGUGCCGAGAGCCUCUAUGUGCAAGGCAUGGAGCUGUUUGAGGAGGCGCUGCAGAAGUGGGAGCAGGCACUGAGCGUGGGCCAGCGUGGAGACAGUGGCGGCACCCCUGCACCUGGGGACCCCCUGCGGCACGUGGAGCCGGCCUCCGAGGCGCCGUCAGAGCCAGAGUCACAGCGGAGGGAGUUUGCAGAGAAGCUGGAGGUACUGCUGCACCGCGCCUACCACCUGCAGGAGGAGUUCGGCUCCACCUUUCCCGCAGACAGCGUGCUGCUCGACCUGGAGAGGACGCUCAUGCUGCCCCUGACCGAGGGCUCGCUACGUCUGCGGGCUGACGACGAGGACAGCCUGACCUCCGAGGACUCCUUUUUCUCCGCCACCGAGCUCUUUGAGUCCCUGCAGGUGGGAGACUACCUGGUGCCCCUCUCCAGGCCCGCCGCAGCCUACGAGGAGGCCCUGCAGCUGGCCAAGGAGGGCAGGGUGCCCUGCCGGACCCUCAGGACUGAGCUGCUGGGCUGCUACAGUGACCAGGACUUCCUGGCCAAGCUACACUGCGUCCGGCAGGCCUUUGAGGGCCUUCUGGAGGACCCAGGGAACCAGCUCUUCUUUGGGGAAGUCGGCCGGCAGAUGGUGAUGGGGCUGAUGACGAAGGCUGAGAAGAGUGCCAAGGGCUUCCUGGAGAGCUAUGAGGAGAUGCUGAGCUACGCCCUACGGCCUGAGACCUGGGCCACCACGAGGCUGGAGCUGGAGGGCCGCGGGGUGGUAUGCAUGGGCUUCUUCGACAUCGUGCUCGACUUCAUCCUCAUGGACGCUUUUGAGGACCUGGAGAACCCGCCAUCCUCUGUGCUCGCCGUGCUGCGGAACCGCUGGCUGUCCGACAGCUUCAAGGAGACGGCCCUGGCCACUGCGUGCUGGUCAGUCCUGAAAGCCAAGAGGCGGCUCCUGAUGGUGCCCGACGGCUUCAUCUCCCACUUCUACUCCGUAUCGGAGCACGUUAGCCCUGUCCUGGCCUUCGGUUUCCUCGGCCCCAAGCCCCAGCUCGCAGAAGUCUGUGCUUUCUUCAAGCACCAGAUCGUGCAGUACCUGCGGGACAUGUUCGACCUGGACAAUGUGCGCUACACCUCGGUGCCCGCGCUGGCCGAUGACAUCCUGCAGCUGUCCCGGCGCCGCAGUGAGAUCCUGCUGGGUUACCUGGGGGCGCCGCUGGCCAGCAGCAUCGGCCUGAAUGGGGCACUACCCCGAGGGAACGGGCCCCUGGCGGAGCUGCAGUAGCGGCAGGCGCAGGCUGGAGGGGAUGCUGGCUGCCCAGGCCCCCGAGCACUGGUGACGGCAGAGAAGCUGCUGCUCCCUUUGGGUGGCACCCGAGGGCCCUGAUGGCCAAGGGCAGGGGCCCCACCCCGUCAUUGGCCUCCCAAGGCUCAGAGGGCAGCAUUCCCAGAGAGGGUGGAGCCCAAGGCUGGGGCCCCCCGGUGGUUCUGGGGGCAGCAGGAGAGGAAGGUCGUGAGGAAGGAGGGCAAGGGACAGUCCAGACCGGAAGGGCCAGGCUGCUAGGAGAGAGGCACUGAGGACAGGUGGGCAGGGCUCAGUGGCGAAGGUCACAGUGUCCGAGCUAGAGCGCCUCGAAGCUGCAGCUGUGUCUGAGUCCAGGUGUCUGCCUGUCCCGCCCUGGCCGCCUCCCUGGAGAUCCUGUGGCUAACUGCAGGUGGGGGACACCCGGGCCGGGACAGAGGUGCUCUGUCCCCCCACAUUCCUGCCCCUGCCAAACAAUGUCAUUCCUCCUCUUCCCCAGUGCUGCCACCAAAGACAGGUUGUGGGGGCGCUGGGUCCCCCGCCCCUGCCCACCCCUCCUGUGAUCCUGGACGUCCUGGGUGGCAGAGAUGGGGCCGGGACCAGGCCCCUCAGCCCCUGUCACCUGUGCCACCAUUGACAGCCCAGGAUCGAGGGUCCCAGGGACCCCGGGGAGGCCCAGAUGCUCGCAGCUGGACAGAGGCUCUCCGGGAGGGUGGGGCUAGGCCCCUGCAGCCAGGCCCUGCGCCUGUCCAUGGCUGCAGGGAUUCUGCUGGCCCUGCAGACCUGCGUCUCUGACAGUGUUUCUGCUGGAGCCGCAAGAUUUAUUUAUUGCCUUAACACUUUACUUGGAGGUUCUGCCCCUUCCAGGUUUCAGGACCUGCAGGAGAAACUGGCUCCUUUUCCAGGCUGGGGCUGGCGCCCUGCGCCUGGGACUAGGGCCUCUCCUUGGGGCGGAACAGCUGGGAGGGGCUGCAGCAGGACAGGGGCAGAACCUGGUACCACCCUGCAGGCCCCUGGGCGGGGCUCCGGCUCCAGGCUCCUCCCCCUAGCUGCACCUCACAUUCCGUUUGUUUGCACUUACCCGAGCUAUGAACGUGGCCCGGCCCGCUUGGUUUGCCCCAGUCAUCGGAAGUGGCAUUUGUGUUCAUCUUUGUUUACACGUCUUCGUGCUGCCGCGUUCAUGGCUCCCACCUUCUGUACGCACAGCGCUGGCCUCGACCUGAGUCAAAUAAAAGAUUGAGCCCUGG